GUUAGCCUAUCAGAAGCUUCGUUACAAAGGUAAACAAGGACAUUUUGACAAGUGGUCACGUUCGUUAUGGAAUCUGACGAUAAUUUUAAAAAGCAAACAGACAUAGGGCCCCAAUAUUCCAAUGAACCUGUUUUUACUUUACAAUGUAAUCAAUGUGAAUCAACUGUGUGUAGAAGAGGAAUGAGUGCUGUACUAUUAGCGAAUGCUGAGGUCCAACUUUUUUCAACUGACUGUCCUGAAAUCUGUGAUGUUGCCACAACAACCAACUUGUUCCUUGCAGAGAAUUGUGAUUGUUGGUUAGUGAACAUGGCAUGUAUUAAUUGUGGGAAUUGCCUUGGUUACAACGUCAGAGUUCCAUGUCGUGAUUGUCUUUCAUCUUCCAAUAAUGGACAUUUAUGGAUGUUCUAUGUAGGUGCUGUUUCCUCAUAUGAACGAUUGAAUUAUAAAGGGGAAGAAGUUCUUUUGUGGGGCAAUUUAAAUGAAGAUGAAAAGAAAUUUGAACAGUUUUUGAAAGAUCAAGAUAUAUGUUGCAGAUGAUAGAUCAAAGAUAGAAACAAAUAAUUAGGGAUGCAAAUAGAAGAAACUAAACAGUGGCCAUAAUUUAAAAUUGUAUUCUCUUGCCAGCUGAUUAGUUCAAUUAUUGAAUGGACGUAAUAAACAUAUUCAAAAUUAUUGAUCCCUGCAUUUCCAAGAUUAACCUCCCACCUUGAUAUGUCUAUUUUUACACUUGCCAUUUGAUCUGAAGAUUCUAUCUAUAGUUAUUGUCUGAGCCAGGAUGCUUUUUUUUUCAAAUAUUUGGAGAUGGUAUAUUGGAGAAUGAAAUACACAACUGACAUUUU